AUGCCAGGCGGUUAUAUUCCCGGUCUUCCACCUAUCUACCCUAAUAGUUGGAUCUCUUCAGGAAUAUCUAACAUGUCUCGCCUAGAACCUGCUGACUCAAAUUGCACCUAUGGAAUUCACUGGAUAUGGGUUUCAAUGGGACUGUGUGUUAUGGAUAUUCAAGGUGGCAUAGCCUUAUUUUGUGGAGUUCUAUGUUUAUUUCUUUGGAUUGCAGUAGGUAUACCUCAAAUUGUUGAGAAUUUUCGAACAGGAAUUGCAGACAAAGCUCUUUCUCCUAGUUUUCUUUGCUUUUGGACUUUCGGUGAUGUCUGUAACCUGAUAGGUUGUUUUUUAACACAUCAACUGAUUAUGCAGAUUGUUGUGACAGGGUACUGUAUUGUUAGUGACUUCGUCCUUGUGUUCCAAUUCAUCUAUUACAAACAUCGUCAUAAGGCUAUCUUACGUCGAAUGGCUACAGCUUUAAAAGAUGGUGAAGUAUCUUCGAACUCAAGCUCUUCUCCCAUUAUUUGUGACGAAUCGGAACAACAUAAUUCACAUCAAGGAUAUCAAAGACUUUCAGUUGGUUUAGUUGGUGCAGGAUGUUUAACUUUGAUGGGCAUUUCUUUAACUUCUAUCGAGAAUCCGUUUAAUACUUAUGUUAUUAAACAAUCAGUAUCCAGUGGUUUACACUACCAAUCAAGACAGUUAUUGGAGUGGAAACAAUAUGAAUCAACAGAUCAUCCAUUCAUAAAUUCAGAUCCUUUAAAUGGUGGUACAAUUAUAUUGGGAUAUAUUCUUGGGUGGAUUUCCACAUCCAUGUACCUGUUCUCUCGAUUGCCACAAUUAUUUCGCAAUUGGAAACGUAAAUCAACUGAAGGACUGUCUAUAUUCAUGUUUUCCAUGGCUGUUACUGGGAAUAUUUCAUAUGGUAUUCAAAUUUUACUUACAUCUACUGAAAAAAACUACUUAAUCCGAGCUACACCGUGGCUUGUUGGAAGUUUCGGUGUAGUUUUGCUAGAUAUUUUUAUGUUAUGUCAAUUCUUUUUUUAUCAAUUACAUCAACACGGAAAUAAUAAUGACAGUAAUAAUCAGGAUCAAAGGAAUUUAUUAGAUACAAACCCCAAUCAAACUGAAACAGCAGUAUUAGACGAUCAUAGUGCUUGUGAGGUAUGGCGUAGUCGUGAUCGUUUAUAUUCUUCAUUAGUAGCUAUAUUUCCAGCUGCAUUAAUUGGUAAACCAGUUACGGUGACACUGUUAGAUGAAACACGUAUAACUGGACGUUUAUGUUCAUGUGAUGGAUUGAUGAAUUUACAAUUGGAUAGUGGUGUUAUAAUAAGAAAACCAGAUUCUGACGGGCUAAACGAGGUUAUUCUAGUUGAAGUUAGUUUAUUUAAUUUGAUGUGUUUUAUGUUUAUUUCUGUCCUUCUUGUUUUGUUAUAAAAAAUAACUUGUUUGUUUGUUUUUAGAAAGAAAGUACUUUUUGUCAAAAACUAGAAAUAAAUCUCUAUCUUACACGUUUGAUUAAGUGAUAGUAAUAUAUAGGUAACAACUAUUUAGUACGUCUAAUGAUCCCUACAGAGUAUUUAAAAACAAGGGGUAUUUGAGCGAAUAAUUAUUUUCAAUAACUUCGUCAUCGUACUCUACAGCCAUAAAUCCGUAAUUGUUGUAUUACAGUAGCCAAAAUAAGCCGUACAUAAAUAAGUGAAUUAGAUAACACUAUCUUUUAUUUAUUCGUAAGUGUUUGAAUAUUCCCUCUGUUGAUAUCAAGGACGUAUUAUUGAUCGGUCUCUUAUUGGUACAUGUGCAUCUAGAGCAGGUUGCCUCGAUAUUCCCAACAAUGAUGAUAUUUGGUAAACGUAUACGUUAUGUGACCGUACCGAAAUUAAUUGAUAUUUCAUCAACACUUGCAGAAUGGGAGUCCAAAAGUCAAAAUGGUAGAAUAUUUUUAUCUAGACCAACAAAAUUAUCAAAACCUUUAAAGGAGAGCCAGAUUAAAAAUAAUGAGAAUGAAUUGUGUCAGUCAAGUAUGACAAAUGAUCAUUUUGUAGAUAUUAAUUAUGUCGAUAACACCGAGAACAUUCCGUGGUUGGAACAAUCUGAUCUAGAACAAUUUGCAUCUAUUGGUGUAAAGCCGACAGGAGAUAAAAAAGUUGAUUUAAUUAUGGUGCAAACCUUAAAAGUACUUAAUAACCCAUUAUAGUAACAGUAUAUUUGUUCGGUUAACUUGAAUACAUUAAAUACAACUAUGUUUGUGUAAAUAUUUGGGAGGAUACGUUUAAUAGUGCUCACUUUCAACGUACAUCUUUUUUUGUAUCAUUCUACAAACCAUUUCUUUGGAGUUAAUGAUUGAUAAAUCGGACUAAUACACAUACGUACCAGGUUCUGAGUUGUUGUUGAUUGAACGAUAUUAUUAUUCAUUUCAUUUCAUUUCAGGAUUAACAAUAGGGAAGAUAUAUAAACUGUCGAAUCGUCUCACUGUUUUUCGCUUUCCGUUUAUAACCCAAGACAAAAAUAUUUGA